AUGUUAUCUACUGAUACCCAAAGGACAAAUCAAUCAACAAUAGAUAUGAGCGCCACAACUACCAUUGCAACUCCAAACGACACAAUACCGAGCCAUCAGCAAAAUGAUAUUGCAACGAAGAGACAAGCAGCACGACGAACAGAACAACAACGUCGGCGCCAACGAAGACAACACAAACAAAGAGCACUGCCAUGGCAACAAAUAUACAACCGAUAA